AUAUAAGUCAGUAGCUGUUAUCGGGCAGUGUAUUUGAUUUGUCUACAGAGAUUUUGUUUAAGCUACACGACAGUAUUUUAAAAUGGGAAUCUGGUUUAAUUGGAUUUGUGUCGCCCUGAUAAUUGCAAGUAUAACACAACUUUCCGAAGCAGCAUGUGGUGAACUGACGUCUUGUACAUCGCAUGCAAAUUGUGUUGCAGGCAAAGCGUGUAUUGGAGAAGAAGGUCACAAGUAUUGCCGGGAAUGUCUCUGUAACCUUAAGAGUCAAUGCAUUUUAACGGGAAAUUCUGUUAAUUGCAACUGUGAUGGAUCUUCAUUAAAGGGACCACGAUGCGAUUGUGAAACGUCGACGCUGACUAACGAUUGCACCGAGUAUUCCAGUGAAUUAUUUACAAUAACACAUCACAAAAUCAACAGCCUUCAAUCUGUCAAUGAAACAACGACUGUCAAUGAUUAUAGGUAUUGCAAAAAAGAGUGCAUAAAUAGUGAAAAUUGUUUCGCUACUUAUCAAACUUACGACACUAGCUUGUGGACGGUAGUUUGUAAUAUGUAUUUCGAUCCUACAGAUAAAAAUCUAUUGAUUAACAAUAUUGUCCCUACAACAUCAGGCAAUGACCAUCUCAGUUUCCGAAAAUGUUUAUAAAUCAUUGCCAAAAUGCGUUUUGGUGUUAAAUUGAAUGAAAUACUAGAACAGGAACAUGUCCCAAAUGCAUUAUAAAAUAAUAAUAUGAAUAAAUGUAUAAAAAGAU